AUGGCCCAGUGUUCGUGUGGUGUAACAGAGGUUGACGAUGCAGGACUCAGUGCUGCGGAGGUGGCCCUCAUCGUGAUCACCGUCAUUGUCCUCGUCCUUCUCGCUCUCUUCUGGUUCUUCUCAGGGAAACAAAUGGAAGAAAUGCUGGGAAAGGCCAUUCAGAGAGAGACCCCCUUCCAGUGUUCCUGUCACCUUGUGUCACCUUUAGUCCCCCUCAAGCUGGUCCAGGGUGACCUUGGGUCAGUGAAGUGCAUCCUAGUAGGAUGGAGACUUGGACUGGUCACUCAGCAGUGGUUUAUUAAGGACCAGCAGAUCAAACUGGACAGUCAGCAGGGAGGCUGUGAGGAUGGGGUCUCCUUACCCCUAAAUAGCCCCUCUGGUUACCGUCUGAAGACAGACCCUCCUAAGAUAGACCUCUUUUGGACAGUGACCCCUGUGACCCUGCAGUUUACACCGAGCCAAGCAGACCACGAGGGGGCAGUGUGCAGGUGUCGUGUCCGUCAUCGGCUCACCCGGAGGAGUGUGGAGCGCAUUGUCACAUUACAGUCGAUAUUCAUUCGCCCUCAAAUUUCAGACAUCGAGAAAAUCUCUGAUGACACAAACGCCAAGGUGAAGCUGCAAAUCAGAGCAGACAAAUUCCACCCACAAGACAUCAGCUUCACGUGGUCAGUUGCAGGAGAGAAAGUGACUUCAGAAUCAGCAGAAAUCUCAGAUAACAGCAAUAGGACCUUCAGUGCAGUGAGUAUCUGCCCCGUCCCACUGUCUAAGGUCCAGGAUCCUGGGUUCAAGGCCUCGGUGGUCAUUGAGCAUCAAUCUGUGGGAAAGCUGGAGACGCUGGCCACCCAAGAGAGCCUGGAUCAACUGAGCCCCCCAACUGUGUCAGACAUUCAGGUGUCUGAGUUUAAAGGACUCGGCCAGCCCUGCACCCUGAUCUGCUCCGUCCAGGACUUCUAUCCCAAAGACAUCACGGUGACCUGGCGACGGGUCACUGGGGAUGAACAACGACCCAUUCGAGCCAAAACGGUCACCCCAGAGAGAGGGUAGAGGGGCUACAAGGUGGAAGCUGUGGCUGAAUUCACGCCGCUGACUCUGAGUGACCUGCUGGACGCAGACUAUUUCUGUGUUGUGUACCACAAGUCCUUAAAUAAGCCUAUAGAGAAACGUCUUAAUAAAGAUUUUUUAAAAGGUUCUGUUCAGUAGCCCACCAUCUCAGAUGUGCAGAUUUGCUACACCGUGUUUGGCCAGCCCUGCACCCUGACCUGUCAAGUGAUAGACUUUUACACCAAAGAUGUCAGGGUCACCUGGCUGAGGUGAAAGAAGGGGACACAGAGGAAUGUUCAGGCAGGGUCAGGUGAUUGGAAGGCUACUGUGAAUGAGGUCUGUCCACCAGUAAACGGUUCUGGGUAUAUACUGGUGUCUCAGGCUACAUUCACCCUUCAGUCCCAAAGUGACCUGGACAACAUGGAGUACAUCUGCAGAGUGGAGCAUGAGAGGAGGACGGCCAUGGAGAAGAUCUGCUCACUGACUCGAGGUUAAAGAUGUCUUGUGUUCACCUUCACUGUCUGUAUGAUUGGCUGCCUGACAGGUCUGCACUGAUGCCCCCUAGUGCCAGGCAUACAGGUGAAUGAUGAGUGACGAGGCAGUAAUUUGCAGGAAAAUUAAUUUAAGAACAAUUUAGAGAAACUUUGGCAUUUCAUGCCCAGCAGAACGUGUGCCAUUGAUACCAAUAUUUUCAUUUCCUUUACGGUCAUUUUUUCCCUAAGUGAGUGCAGAUGAUGUUAACCUCUGACCCCAAGUGAGAGUUGGCGUGAAUAAGCAGGCAGUGGAUUAGAGCAAUGAGGGCACGAGGAGGGCACAGGGGCAGAUCAGCGUUGUGGUAUUGGUGUCACAGGGUGGCCAAGAAGGCAGAUGCCAGUUUUGGUGGCAAAAUAAUCAAUGGUUCUUCAUCAGAGUGCGAAGUCCAUCUGUCCAUCUUUAAUGCACCCUUCUCACCUAAGUCAUUACAGACAUCUUCCUCUCCUUAAUUUGAAUUUGGACUCUUCAACUAAGGACGUCACAGGUCCAAAAAACUGUCUGAACCUUUAAAACCUUUAAAAUGAGUUUCAUGGCUUUGAAUGCCCAUGCACAGCUAAUUUUAGUAUUACCUUCAUGAAACUGGGAAAGGCGCUAUAUAAAUAAAAUGUUUCAAACUGCAUGAGAAACACAUCUCAACCAUGAGUGAACUUCAGAGGACUUGGUCAUCUUUGCACCUGAGCCGCUCCAUCCACCUCAAAGAUGCUUUGUCAGGCCCUCAUUGCCAUAACGCCUGUCGGUGGUCCGGUCACUUGAAGAGCUGACUGACCUGAAGUGAGAGGCUCCCACCAUUGUGGCUCCACAUUUGAGUCAGGCUUAUGGUCGCUUGUUAUGAGCUCUGAUGCUAGUGGUGUGAUAUUUGUGCAGGAGAGGAUGACAGACAUAUGAAGAGAAAAGAUGACAGUCAGCAGGUGGCCUGUGUCACCCAAUGUUCUGCUGCUGUCAUUGUCAGGCAUACAGAGACGGCUGAAAUUCUUAGUGCUAAUCAACAUGCAACACUUCAGCAUCCUCUGACACCAUGACGUGUGAACAGGACUCCCUAAAGUCGGAUUGACAUUCAGUAUCUGUUUGACGCUUGAAUCCUGUCAUCUCCAAAUCCAAAGUAGCUGGCAGGUGGACACAGGAGAGACACAUGGGUCCUGCUCAACAUGGUCCUUCAUAUUAAUAAAGAACCACCGAGAAGUCACAAUGACAAUUCAAGAUGUGCGUCUGUUGGGGUCUGUGUGGCGUGGUCUUCUUGAAGUGAUAUCAUAAACAUAAUGUGGACACGUGUGCUUCAGAUGCCAUCAUGGUGGCCAUUCCUUGGGUCAGGAUCAGGUGGGUUUGGCUAUACAUUUCAAGAAGGUGAGAAUUCGGACUCACGUGAUGUUCAUGAAGCAAAAUAAAUAAAUAAAUAAAGACAAGGCAGAGUAACAGGAUGACACAGCUGUCCCCUUGUGGAGUCAGACAUGAAGCUUAAUGCUGACCCGACUGGCCAGGGUAUAAAACUGAGGGGCUUUACAGGUUCAGCCAGCUCUGGGCUCCUAUAAUCUGGGAGAACAGAAGCAAACAAGCACUAAAGA